AUGGGAACGAAUGCGCGUGUAGGUGGCUCAUUGCUGGUACUAGUAUCAAUUGCGGUGGUAGGAUUUACCUUUAGGGAGAAGCUACAGGAGACACUACAUCUCACAUACGAGCAUCGGUCACUGAGUGUCGACCGCGAUGCGGCGUUUAAGAACGUCAUGAUUUACCGCAACGGAUACUCGACCGGUGGCGUGCAACUACAGCUUAGUGCGGAGCUCGUGGCUGCUCGCACAGGCAAGGGAGAGCUGGCAGCGUAUCUGUCACAGUUUGUAGCGGUUGAAGGGCUCCACGAGUCUGUCACCCAAGAGCCUGUCACGAAAGACAUUAAGCCUUUGGAUGAGAGCAAGGAAAAUGAGUACGACGUGCCUGGUGUCGUGGCCAAUCGCGUGUUCAACGGCCGUGGAGAGCUACUGCAGACUUAUGCGGACAUUCUAUCGGGAGAUCGACUCUAUCUCGUUGCUCCUGGACUAUUUUUUAUGUGGCCCUUUGUAGAGCUUGGUCAUCGCGUAAACGUGACGUCAGAAGCUAGUCCGACCAAGGAGCCGGUGAUCAUUGAGUCCAUCUCAGAGUCUCCGCGUACAUUCCGUCUGCACAACUUCUUCAGUGACGAGGAGGUGGACAAACUGAUCAAUAGCACACUGGCGAUUGAUGAACCAGGCCACAAGCUGCAGCAGUCGAGAGUGGGUGCGCAUUUCUCAAAAAAGAAGUCGAAAUUUCGCACGAGCGAAAACGCCUUUGAUAGCGUCUCGGACACAGCAGUGAACAUCCGCAAGCGCGCAUUCAACAUUCUCUCGAUUGAAGAGUUCAAAGAAGAAAUGUGCGAUGGUCUUCAGCUGCUGCGAUACCAGCAGAAGCAAGCAUACAUUGCCCACUACGACUACUUUGAAGUGGACUCCGUGCCCGAUUUUAACUUGGACCCGCACAAAGGUGGUUCCAAUCGCUUUGCUACCGUCUUCCUGUAUCUUUCGGAGGUUGCACAAGGUGGACAGACCGUAUUCCCGAAAGUCGAAAUGCCUGAGGGUCUCCCAGUUGAGUAUGGUCACCCUUCGAACGCGGCCCAAGACUACGAGGCUAUCGGUGCAGAGCUAUUUGGAUCAGAGAGCUGGGAGAUGGACAUGGUGAAAAAGUGCUCGACAAAGUUGGCGUUCUACCCUUCAAAAGGUGGUGCAGUGCUGUUCUACAGUCAAAAGCCGAAUGGUGAAUUGGACCCCAUGUCACUGCACGGAGGCUGUCCCGUGCUCGAAGGUACCAAGUGGAGUGCAAAUCUCUGGGUCUGGAACAAAAGUCGCCUGAAUCGUGUCGCCCCCGCAGUCACCGUUACCUUUGAGAACCCAACGUCGCAUGAAGUGGAUCUUUACUGGUCCGACCAGCUGAUGGCUACUCUUGACGCCAACGGUGGCAGCCGCGAAUUCAAGACAUAUGAAGGACACCAGUGGAUUUUCAAACACGGCGAUCAAAUCUUGUUCGAAGUCAUUAUCGACACCAAGAAUGGCAACAAGCAGACAAUUCUUACCGCACCAAUUGAAGUAUCAUCUGCAGCGCAACUGGAAGACAAAGACGCAAAGACCAACGUUAACGACAAUAUCAAUGCGAAGGACGCAGUCGAGGCGAAAACCAACGACAACGAAAAUGCCAAGGACACAGUUGAGGCGAAGGCCAACGACAACGUCAAUGCCAAGGACGCAGACGAGGCGAAGACCAACGACAACGACAAUGACAACGACAAUACUGAUGCCAAGGAUGAGCUGUAG